UUUGUCGCCGGAUAAAGCUCUCUGUUCUCCAUUAACGAGCGCAACCUAUUGUCAAGCAGUACUCGCACGUAUAUUGCCUCCGAUUAUUCUCUGAUCUCCUCCUGACUAAAAAACCAGAUCCGAACUAGAGGAUUGGACUUUGGAAGAUGGCGUUUUCGGGAGAAGCCGAGAAAAGGCGGGAAAAGGUAAAUAAUCGCAAAUAGGAUAGGGUCAAAGAAGAUAGGAUUAGAACGAUAACGUCCACCUUGCGCGGCUUUGCGAUCAACGUUGAUAAUCGGACCGUCGUCGUCUGGUGAAGUCCGUCAAAGAGAAGCAAACCACGUGAGAGGUCUUCAGUUGGCUCUGCGAACGCAGAGUCAAGAGGUUCAGCGGACAAAGAAAGACAAAGCUCCAUAUAAUAGACGCGCGUGUGCGAACGACAGAGGGAGAGAGAGAGAGAGAGAGAGAAAGGAAGAAAAUGGCUACGCUGACCCUAGAUCAUCGUUAUUGUCCUAGAAAACGAGUUUGAACCUCGAGAAUUAUCAAGUGUCUAGUUCCUCGUGACCGACAACUACGAAUUGACCAAUUCCCAUCAACCAUUUCUCCUUUUCUUUUUUGGAGAAUGUCGAAGAAACAAUGGAUCGUACUUCUCAUGUUGUUCCUAGCUUAUCUCCUUUUGGGUGCUUCUAUCUUCUAUCACAUUGAGAGCAAACUGGAGAUCGAACACAUCGAACUUGCCAGACAAGAACGCAUCGAGAUUAACGCUUUGCUUCGCAAACACUACAUUCCCAGUCUUACGCACAAUCAGCACGAGAUCUUCGCACGAUUGACAGAGUAUUGCGGUAAAUCGGUUCACAAUUACACGGACGGCGAAAAUGACCCAUUGAAAUGGGACUUUUACAACAGUUUCUACUUUGCUUAUACCGUCGUCAGCACCAUAGGUUACGGGAAUUUAGCACCAACCAAUAUGCUGAGUCGUAUAUUGAUGAUAUUCUACGGAUUGGUCGGUAUACCGAUGAACGGAAUUUUAUUGUCUCAGUUGGGGGAGUUUUUUGGUCAUGUCUUCGUAAGGGCUCACCGUAAAUAUAAAUCCUACAAGCAACACCAGAACAAUGACUACGCGAAGAAAUUAACCCCACUCGAAACGAGAAAAGCUGGUCUCGCGGCACAAAUCUUCAUGUAUCUCAUUCCCGGAUUCGUCAUGUUCAUCUUCUUCCCGGCUUUUCUAUUCUCCCAUUACGAGGGUUGGACUUACGACGAAGCUGUUUAUUACGCUUUCGUAACUUUGACAACGAUUGGCUUUGGAGAUUACGUGGCAGGACAAGACAACGCAAAGGGUAGUGGAUUCUUUUUCGUAAUGUACAAAACCUUCCUCAUUAUAUGGAUCUCCUUCGGAUUAGGCUACAUCGUCAUGAUCAUGACUUACAUCGCCCAAGGUAUGCGCAGCAAGAAAAUCAUCAGAAUCGAGCACAAAUUGGCAAUGAAUCUAAAACACACGCAAAGCAAAAUAUGGAAUGAGUUUAACAAAGAGAUCAACUACUUCCGAAGAGUUUUUAAUGAAUUGCAGCUUUCCAAAGUCAAAAGGGUUUACGUCGAUGAAUAUAACUACGAAACACCGCCAACCAAAUUUUCACGAAGUAACAGUUUCCCAGAUCUCAGGAAGUUAAUAUAUGGCGGAUUUGAAGCCCCAGCACCUUUGCAUCCUCGACGUCGUGCCAAUAGCGAAGUAGUACCCUUGGAACCAUUAACGCGAGUGGUGUCGGAAACCGAUCUCCAACGAAUCGACAAAACGGCUACGUUCGCUGCUCAUGCAAUGGUACAACCAGCGGAAUUGUUAGCAAGACUGGUAAACAUCCUGGGCUAUAUUCCACCGCCUGAUGAUGCUAACGAUACUUCCGAUUGGGAUCAGGAAUAUAAAAACAAAGAAGACGCGAGAAAGACGGGAAUUGAAGGAUUCAACGAAAAAGAUAUUCUUAAUAAGCAGAACACUUGGAACGAGUCAAGCUGGAGAAUCGGUACAGAUAGAAUUUCUGGCAUUAAGCCGCGAUCGAGAGCGGCUAGCGAGGUCAGAUUGGAUAUGAGCAAAAAUGAUUCUAACGUUCACCAACAAAACGGAGAAUGGACUUGGUCCGGGCCGACUGCCUCGAAGAAAAUUCAAGAACUGAUCAAAACUCGUAGGACUGGUCUUUCUGGUAUCAAGGACAGUAAAUCCUACAAAUUUCCUUCGAUCGCGUUACCCAAAUCCGUACCAAAGAAUCUCUUCUCUCCGUGGAGGCGACAAUCCUCAAACAAGAAGAUACCGGACACCGAACAGUCCAUUCAAAAGGGUAUUCUUCCUGAUAUCGAUUUUCAAGCAGGACAAAAUUAUUCAUCGAUUACAGCACAUUCCGAUUUGUAUUCUUCCAAUUUGGACGACGUGGAUGAAUCUACGACAACGUCGAGACAUCCAUAUUACACUCACACAGGCGCCAACUUACCCAGUUUAAUGGAGAGCAAUAAUAUUUUGGAGGAGACAUCUUUGGCCGAUUUUCUACGAGCCCUUACUGUUCUUCACGCUAAAAUUAGCACUGUCCCCAGUGAUUACUCGAAUAUUCGUAAACCUCAAAGGAAAAUGGGUACCGCCUCGUUGACCCCGCCUAAACUUCCGAGUCUCUUCACCUUAUUCUCGCAAUCUGCAGACAGUCAAAGUCAUAGUCAGAGCAAUCAAAGCACGAUGACCGCCGCGUCAUCGUUACAAGCCAAUAGAAGAUACUCUUUGAGACCUAGCGAAUACUCGCCAGCAUCUACGCCGUCGUAUGAAAGACGUGGAAGUGUGAUGAGUCCUAUUAAAUCGAGAAGAUUUUCUUUGAGACCCGUUGCUACUCCGACUAAUACGCCACCGGAAUAUACAGCAUCCUACUUGAAUUCACGAAUACACGAUGAGCAAAGAUCACAAUUUUCCUCUCUGACGGAUGCUUUUAUCUACGAAUCUGCGAAAAAGCCCCUGGUACAAAUGGAAGGAACUCCGGGUGUUUCUUCGCCCAUUGCAAAGAUCUCAAAUGUUCGUCGUUACUCUUUACGACCAAUGACCCAAAUACAGCAACUAUCCAGCUCGAAUCAACAAACUCAAGCCACUAAAGCUCUACCGCGUUGGAAGGCUGGGAUGUUACAACGACAGAUUGGUAGAAUGAGCGUUCGUCGUCGGGUACGAGCCUUCAGUUUAAGCGACGUGCAAGCGGACAAAUCUGAGAAAUCUACUGGUCUAAGUCCAUUAGCGAUAGAUGAUAAUGGUAAACUAGUAACUUCUAUUGUUUCUUCGAUUAAACCAAGUGCUUCUGCAGUUCAGAAGACCGUUACGAUAGUAUCGCCAACGAAAGAUGAAGUUCUUCGAUCGAACAGCAACGAGUUGACCUCCGUAAAAACAACUUUCAAUCCUUUCAUUCCCUCUUUUGCAACAUCAAAAACAUCCGAUAACAAUUCUACUGUUGACAGUUUUCCAUUUAGAAACGUUCAAAACGAUGCUAUAAACACCAAUAUUGUGUUAAACACUUUACGAGCAACGUCUGAAUGCGAAGUGGACUAUAAUAAUGAUAGCUCGAAACGCGCGAAGUCAAAGAGCAAUGAAAGGAGUGUAGAAAAUAUUAACAAUUCCGAAGGGAUGGGAGAGAAAUUCAUUUUCCGUAACGAUUCGGUCGGUCCUAAAGAAAUUUUAAAUGACGAAUUGGCAUUGUCCAAAGACGUAUUGUCGAAUAUUAAAGACAAUUCAGAGAACGGUACGAAAUCGACGGUUCGUUGUACUACGAAUAAGAAACCAAGGAUAUCCAUAGAUUCUUAUAAAACUUCGUUAGAUGUUAAAAUAGAGAAACCCAGCGUAAAUCCAUUUUUACAGUAUCAAGCUACUACUAGUGGUUCUCAACGCGGAAACACUAAUCUCACAGAAGUUAAAGUAGAAAAGCCGAAUGAAACGGAACAAUUCGUUCAGAGAAAGUUGUCGGCCGAAGCAAGAAAACCAUGGGAAAAAGGAUAAUUAUUUAUUUGUUUAUAUAUAUACAAAAAUAUAUAUAUAUAUAGAGAGAGAGAGAGAGAGAGAGAGAGAGAGAAAGAAUAAUUAAAUAGAUUAUAUUCGUAAAGGAAUGAUUAUCUUCCAUCAAUUUUUCAACUUUAGAAUCUUUUUCAUCUACCAAGAUCUUUUUCGUUAGAAUUUCGUCAACGUCACUAAAUUAAAAAUUGUCCAACAUAUCGAUAAUUUAAAUCAAUUAGCUAUAACAUUUAAAGCAUAUUAAUCUACUCAAAUCGUACGAGACUUACGAUUAGUCUUUACUUUAAUUCAUGACAAUCUUGAAAGUUGCUUUAAUAAAAAAAUGAAUGAGAUAACGAUGAUAUAAUAAUAUAGAGGUAAUAAAUAAUUCACGCUGAUCUUAGCAAUAUUUAAGCGCUAUCUUACUCUCCAGACGUGGCGUGAUUAUUGAUUACAUGUCUUAUAAGUUUGAUUACUCGUAAAUCUAAGUUAUUAUAUUUUAAAUGAUUAAUUACUUUUCAUUUGUAACGUCUAUAAUAUAACAGAUAACUGUGAUAAAUUAACUAUAAUAAAUAAAACUUUAAUUAUA